AUUUGUGACUGCCCACUGUCCCAGAGUUCCUUAUUCUUCUGGAGAAAGCAAAUGCUACUCAUGAUGAAAGGAGGGGCAUAACAGUAGGGAACUGCAUGACGUGGACUUUUGUAAUCUCUUGCCUCGGUGACUUUACCAGGCUGCAUUCUUUUACACAGAAGAGUCAGAAGAGUCUUUAAUAAAGGAAAGGCAUGAAGGAAAAUGUGCAUCUCUGGAGGAGUACUCAAUCAGUUGCCAUGUGCUUGAAGACACCUCUUUCUAGAUGCUUGUGGCAUCUGUGGAUGAUUGCAAUAGCAGUUACAGUCCUUUGGGUAGCUCUUCAAAUAGUUGGAAUAACCCAACACAGCUGGGUGGCAAAACCUUUCAAUACUAGAAAAUCGGCAGAUUAUAAGAAAAUCUCUGAAAAAGAAAACAAUGAAAAUGUUAAGCAUGACUUCAAUCAGCCACUGGCCAGGAAUCAAAAUGUUUAUAAACAAAAAACAUUUUUGGAUUAUCCUCAGCAGACCACAAACCCACAGAAUGCUGAGAAAUCAACUAAUGUGCUUAUCAAGAAGGCAGUUUCACUUUCUGUGGAAAAAAAUGAUUUUGUGGGUAGAAGUGGUAUUGGCCAAAGUCAUUCAGCAUCUGGAGCAACUGGAGGAAGAGACUUCCACUGUUUGCCAAAAACCCACAUUGUGUUUCUCAAGACACAUAAAACAGCCAGCAGCACACUUCUUAACAUUUUGUAUCGCUUUGGGGACACCAGAAACCUAACAUUUGCUCUUCCAUAUGACCAAAAUAACCAGCUUGUUUAUCCACUGUAUUUUACAGCUUCAUUUGUUAAAGGAUUCACAUCAAAUACCACUACAAAGUACGACAUAAUAUGCAAUCAUAUGAGGUUUCAUUUGCCAGAGGUCAAAAGGAUAACACCUUCAGAUUCUUUCUACUUCUCUAUUCUACGGAAUCCUGUCACAAUGAUGGAAUCCACAUUUUCAUAUUAUAAACAAAUCCCAGCUUUUUACAGUGCUGAAACACUGGAUGAGUUUCUCCAGGAUCCCCAGAAAUACUAUAAUGAGUCAUUACAGGAAAACAGCUAUGCAAGGAAUCUACUGACAUUUGACUUUGGCUUCAAUAACAAUGAUGAGAAUAAUGAGACACGUAUCAAUAAGACCAUUGCAUUCAUAGAGAGAACCUUUGAUCUAAUACUGAUUUCAGAAUAUUUUGAUGAGUCAAUGAUAUUGUUGAAAAACGCUCUGUGUUGGAGCCUGGAUGAUGUAGUAUCCUUCAAACUUAACAGUCGAAACAAUAAAACAAAAACAAAAGUCUCAUUGCAGACUGAACAGAAAAUAAAAGAGUGGAAUUCUUGGGAUUGGAAGCUCUACUUAUACUUUAACAGCACAUUUUGGAGGACAAUUGACAAGACAGUUGGUAGAAAAAAGAUGAAUAAAGAAGUUAAAGAGCUUAGAAGCAAAAGAAACCGGCUCAUGAAGAUGUGCCUUAAAGAAAGGAAUUCUGUAGAUCCAUCUAAAAUCAAAGAUGAGUCUCUGAAACCUUUACAGUAUGGGAAUUCUGUAAUUCAAGGAUAUAAUCUUAAUUUACAUCUAGACAACAUGACAAAACAGUGGUGUCAAAAACUUAUUACACCAGAGCUUCAAUACACCAAACUGCUUUAUGACAAGCUGUUUCCCAACCAGAUUAAAAAGUCCACACCUCUAAAUCGAAAAGAAAAUUGGAAGACUUAUUCCAAGAAAUGGAGAGGAUUUAGAUCUUUUGAGAGGCAAAACAGGAAUCCAGACAGUCCAAGGUCUUCACAAUAAGCCUACGCUAAAGCUUUUGAAGACAUUAAUAUAAACUAUAAGGAUAAAAUUACACAAGAUGGUUACAUCAUACUGUAUGUUAUCUUCAAGACUGAAACAUACUGAGACACUGCCUGUCUGUGUGGACUUUUCUCUGAUUGUUCCAAUAUGUCACUCACAUCCCAAAGAUGACUGUAAAUUUCUGGGUGUGAUCGAAUGGCACCAUGUCUGGAUGUGGCUCUCGCAUUGUGUUGGCAGGCCUGGCUCCAGCCUCUGUGGCCUUAAGGUGAAACAAGCAGGCUUGAUGAAUAAAGAAUGCUGAACACAAUA